UGUAAUGGAAAUUUCAGUUCCUGAAUGACCGUUAGCGAGUAUUUUAUUUACAAAAAAAAUGGUGGAAACCGGCAGUUACGAUGUUACGAACAACAGGCGGAGGAAAGACACGUCUUUCAAAAGCUUCAUAUGCGCUUUAUUGGCCUUCUUGGCUUUGCUGAUUUUAAUUUCGUUGUUGUUGUGGUCUUUGGGCAGUAAAAGUACAAGAAGCAGCGAUUUGACAUCAGCAAGCGCAUUUUCUUUUCGGAAUGGCAACAAAACACAAACAACCGAAGCUACUACGGAAGCAACAACAAUUAGACCAACAACAAAAACCAAAGGUAACAUUGUAAUGAAAACAACAACAGAAACACACACCACUUUUAAUACCACCACUCAAACACCUUCUACAACACAAUCGGUCGAAUCCACUGCAGAAGAAACAACAACAAACACAACAAUCUCAAAGAGUGAGAAACUGAUAGUUUUGAUCACUAAUACAACUGAUGCAACAUUCACUGAUACAACUGAUGCAACAUUCACUGAUGUAACUAAUGCAACAUUCACUGAAACAACUGAUGCAACAUUCACACCAGAAACAAACACCACAACUCAACAAGACGAAACAUCAACCGUUCAAAUCAACACUACUCCAACAACUACUCCAACACCAACUGAAACACCCAGUACUUCAGUACCGGAUGUAUCAACUACUGUUUCAGAACAACCUUCAACAAACCCAGACUACACAUCCAUCGGUGAAGCCGAUAUAACGCUGGACGAUUUAAUAACCAAAACUCCCAAUCAAGUUCCAGCGCCCAUCGUCCCUCCUGUUCCCACAACGUGCAACAAUGGCGUGUGCAAGAGGGCCGCCUCGUCCAUGCUGGCCACGAUGAGUCACGAGGACAAGCUGGACAAAUGCGAGGAUUACUACAAGUUCAUAUGCGAAGGGCCGCAGAAGCACGACGACAGCGCCUUCUUCCGUCACAGCUUCAAAGGUUUCGCGAAGAAAAUCGGCCAGGUGGAGGCUGCCUCGCCCGACCACAUGCGGUUCUUCGCCGAUUUCUACAACAGCUGCAAUCGAUUCGGCGAUUCUCUCGAUAGACUGCGGCGCCUCGAUUUCCUUAAGGGAACUGAAGGAGCAAGUUUGACUGAAGCGGUGAAAACGUCAGUAUUGAGGCAGACGUUUCCUUUCUUCGAUAUCGGCCUGAACGUGGAUCGCAAGAAUUUUAUUCUGGAGAUAACGUUACCGGGACUGACGUAUUUCAAAACGACGUUAGACGAUUGGUCGUUGAUCCAACGGCUACAAGAACAAUGCAUUAACGAACAAGCCGAUAAAAUUGAGCAGUACACCGUGGAAUUAGAUAAAAUAUCCGAUGGAAUUAAAACUUGCGUUGCGGAGAAAACGGAGAAAUACGUCGCUGAAUUUGUUGAUGAGAUGAAAAAAUUAUCAGUGCUGCCCGGAUUGAAAUUCCUUGAUGAUAACGUUAAAGCUGGAACAGCAUCAGAUGAUCUUAAGGAAAUCUUGAAUGCGGUCCAGGAUGGUUUAGCAGCAUACAGAAGCAGCAACUCCAAGAAAAUAAAACCGAUCACUUUGGGCGAUUUAAAGGGAAAAUACGACUUCGGUUUGGACUGGAUUGAAUUCUUCAAAGGCAUCAUGAACAUGGCUGUCAUCGAUGAUAGCACUGUGGUGUAUUUUUCCGAGAACCUGGACGGAGUUUUUAAUAAAUUAGUCGAGAAAAAAGCCAAUCUAAAGCAGUUGGUGGAUUUGUGGUACAACUUAGAGUUGUACAAAAAUAUCGUUAUAGAAAAAGAAGUGGACAACAGAGGUUACCAAUGUUUGGAAACCGUUACUCAGCUAAUGCCUGAAGUGGCCUCCUUCAUAAUAGCCGAGCUGAAUGCCAACAAAAAGGACUUGUACAAGGAAGUCCGGGAAAUAAUAAUAGGGCAGACCGUCAGUAUUUACACGUCCUUCAUAAUGGCCAACAUGACGGAGAGUUCAGCUAAAAUUCUCCAGGACAGAUUACCAGAAGUCAGAAUACAACAUCCGGAAGUCAAAGUAAUCGAGGAUUCGAAUUAUGCUGGCAUCUUCGAUUUCAAGGACCCUUAUCCAAAGAAAUUAACAGACUUACUCGAGCAUUUUAGGAAAUCCCUGUUUUCCUUGUACGACACGCCCAUUUCAGGCGAAGAAUUGUUAAAGUACUUUAUCAACGCGUUCGCAACCAAGCCUCAGACGUACCCACCUUCCAGAGUAAUAGCUUACCAGCCGGGAUUUUUGUACGGGAAAUCCACGAAGUUGCCAACCUACGUGAAACUGGCGAAGCUCGGGCUGCCCGUGGUGAUGCAACUGUCCAAGCACUUCACGAAAAACGACUUCGAGAAGCCAUUGGAAGAUAGGGAGAGGAAAGUGUACGAGCAAAUGGAGAAAACCUUCAACACGGAGUACCUGAUGAACAAAAUUAAAUACACAGUGGAGAAUAUCGAUUUCGAAAUCGAGGAUUCAACCGGGAAUCAUCUGAAUUACGAUAGUAUAUUCGCCGAGAAUAUGGCGUUUAGAUUGGAGACGGAUGCGUUCGAGAAGGACGAAAAUUUAGAGUAUUUACCUUUUCUGCAGGACUUUGAUAGAGCACAAUCCUUCAUUGUUAUCGCUUUACAAGAAUACUGUGACAAAAAUACUCUACCAGAUUUCAUCGGGGAUUACUACAAGAGGCUCCUUCCUGCUCCGAUCAAGUUCAGAAAUAUCUUGAAGAAUUCGGAGUUCUAUUCCAAGUCGUUUAAUUGUACAGAUACUUUUGAACGCAAACAGUUUCCUUAUAUAAAUCCUACUCCUUAA